CUUAAUAAUUCGGUUAUAAAUUUCUAAUAACUCGUAUAACCAAGCUACAGGUUAUCAGGCCUUUAACCAAAAUGUAAAUAAAAUUGUAACCAAUUUAUAACCAAAGAGAAAUUCUAUAAUGACCGUUCUGGUAAUAUGCAGUUUAACUAAGUUGGUUAUAGUUGUAAACACAAUGGUUAUGAUUAUAACCAAUAAAUAAUAUUUUAUUACAACCAAAGCAUAACCAAAGGUGAAUCAAAUGAAUUUUAAUUUAGUUAUAAUGAAAAUUACGUAUGGUUAUAAUUAUGUGCAUCAUUUGUAUGAUUUAUAACCUAUUGGUUAUAUGCAGUGUUUAUUUGACGCUACGCAAGUGGCGCUGAUUCACUUUACUUUUUACUCGCAUCGUCAAAAAUGUCAAAAUUAGUUCGUGUUUCCAAUUUGACUCGUGGAAAAAAGGUUCUAAUUUCUAACGGAAAUUAUUCCGAAUUUUUAUUAGAAGUUAAAGCAAAAUUCGAUUUGGAACCUGACGUUGAAGUAAUUUUGAAAGAUGACCAGGGGGCAGAAAUCCAGGCAGAUGUUUUUUUGGUGCUCUUAGAUCUAGUUCUAAUACCAAAUUUGGAAUUCAUCAUUAAAGACGAAUUUCAAAAUGAGGUUCCAUUAUCUUUUAACCUUGACCCUGGAAUAUCAUCUCAUGUUGGCAGUCAAAAUGAUUCAGUUAAUUCUUGUAGCAGUUUGACGACUUUUGGGCAAAAUUUGGAUUUCACACAGAUUUUAAAAUCUACAGUCGACAGCAACCAUGAAUUGCAAAAUUUGGUCACGGAGUGCAAUUCCAAAGGAUUUGUCAACAAGCAAUCAUCAACAAUAUUAAUUAAUUGUUUUGUGACUAAAUUGAUAGAAAUUAAAGGGCCAUCGCCCUCUACAGCUGAUCAAAGGUUGUUUGCUAUAUCAAUAUUAAACAUUCUCCCUUGUUGGAGAUAUCCUCAGUCAGCUGAAGGGAUUGAUAUUUUAUUUGAUGAUGUCAAUCGGUCUGGCCUAAUCCAAUCCCGUUUAAGAGCCAUUCAUCAGAAAUUGAAUGCUGAGCAACCAAAUCGUAAAAGGUCAUCUCAAAUAAAAACCUUGGGAUCUCAUUCAAAAACUUCAAAAACUGCUGUAGCAGAAUCCCCGGAAUUUAAUGAAAAGUUAGUUCAAGAUUUGAAUUCUGCAAGCACAAAGGACGGAGGAGGUCUUAUCAAGGAGUUGAUGGGUGCAACAUUAGACCACAGAAAUUACUUGCGUUCAACAAGAGACAAUUUAUUUUUGAAGAUUUAUCCAAAAUUCAAAGAGUGUGAUUUUAUGAUCAAUCACGAGUUUACAUUGAUGCAUCCCAAUGAUGACAAUCGUUUUUUGGAAAAUUGGCCGGCCCUUUCAGAAGGAAUUGUUGAAAAAGCAAAGGAAAUAAGUCAUGCGCCAGCCCUUUUAAAAUUCUUGGCAGAAGAAUUUUCAAAUUGGGACAGCGGCAUCGGUGCAUUGUUAGCGUUGCUGCAUCUCAUUCCACCUACUGUCCAAGGCAAAGGAAAGGGGAAAAGGUGCAAAUUGAAUGAAGCGGCCGGCCGCCUUAUAUCAUUUUAUAAGGUAAAGAUAAGUUAAUUAAAUAAUCAUGAUUAUAAAAUAACUAAUGAAUUUUAAUCAAUUGCAGACUAAUACUCC